AUGUCGCAUUCGGAGACCAUGUCGAGUGACACCGCCAGCACUGUCGUCGAACGAGUAGUAGACAUCGGGGAUGACGAUAUCCAGAGCCAGCAGACGGAUCGUGAUGUUAUGAUGGAAUCAUUGGACGAACCUGAACUACAGCAGCGACUGGCGGGAGAUCAGCUGAUGUCGGAUUCAUUGGAUGAAUCCCGCUUGGCGACGAUGGUGACAGUUCCUCAAGAAACCGUUAGGCGUGUCCGCAUGGCAGACUCUUUGGACAGCGACCGUCUACACGAUAUCCUCGAGCAAAAAGAUUCCUUAACACAGGAUGACCUCUUACGGCAUCUUCGUGGUGAUCGCUUAGUUCCUGGUAUGGAUUCCUUGGAAGCGUCUAUGGACCGAGAGGCGCUGCAGCAAGCGCUGUCUAAUUCCGAAAUCGUCAUACCGCCGCUGGAAACGGAACAGACCGGUGAAAAGAUUACCGUGCGUCGUUAUUUAAUUACCGGACAUCCGACUCUGGAGACCGUAUCAUUUGCCGGCAACCAGGCCGAACUCCUUAUGCAACAGUUCCUCAUGGACAAUCAGAGUUUGUAUCCUAACCUGCAGAUCUACGAAGCCACGGAAGAGCAUCAAACCAAAGGUACCGAAUCCGCCGCCAACGCGGCCCGCUCCCGCACCACCACGCGCAUCGUCAAACGCCGGCGCAGUGAUCUCAAGGACAGUGUGGAGACCGUGACCUUUACCGGAACUGAUUCCGAGCACGAGAUGGCGCGCUUCCUCUCCCACACCAUGCCACUGCGCUACGAUGAAACGGAGACCAUAGAGUGUGAAACACGUGAUGAAUCGGGUGAUAUAACACGGCUGAUGACACGGCGGUUGUCGCGUGUCGAUGUGGACGCCGCCACCCACGGCCGGUUGGGAUCGGUGUCGUCCUUGACAGCCGCCGGUGUGGAUGAUAUUCUUGAAGGCUCACCGACGUCGGAGCAGGGCGGUAGCCGCAGCUCCGACACUGCUCAGCAAUCUGCUCGGAUCAGCGGAAGUAGUCGUCAGCAGCCAGAUACCGACUACACGACAUCCGUACGAGUGGACACAUCGGGAGAUAAGGAAACCGAGGUUUUGCACGAAACCGUUACAACGGUAACGACCGAAGAAUCACCGGUAGAAUCAAUCGAAGAGGAAGGUCGACCGGAAAUCGAUCUAACGGAACACAGCACUGAAGAACAGCAGAAAGUUCUGAAAGGUUCCAAGGCUUGACGAGCUCAUGCCUGCACUUGUCAAACACUUGUCUCGUGGACUGUAUCCCCAUUAUAUUUGGCUUUGAUAGUAGAUAUUUCGUUCAUGCAUUCCGACGUUAUCCUGGGUUUUUGAUGCGUUUAUCACACACAAUUACAAAGCGAAAACGUAGUGCAGUUGCGCAUAUGUCACUGCGCGCCACGCCAGCACCUUCAUUGUCGCAUCCCUUAUUAUCCCGCGUGUGUCAUAGCUCAACAUGCAUCGCUUCACGUUGACGAGUCGGCGACCGAUACAUCCCAACACCGCCGCUCAUUCGCCGCCCCAACAACACGCCGCGGUGGCAGUGCACUGCGUUUUUUCUCUCUGCCGGAGCCACUUCAGGAGGAAGAAUAGCGGACCUGUUCUUUUUUUCUGUGAAUGUGGAUUAUCUCCGGACACACAUUCAACUUCAAGCGACAUCGUUAAUUCACGUAGUUGUAGCUUUUGCUUUUUGCAGUUUAUUGCUUUAUCGCUGCUUUGUUGGUGCGCUCUCUAUUUCUCUUUUUGUGAAUCAUGCAAGUUCGGUGUUUUUCGGUUGGGGCUACGGUAAAAAUUAGAAACGGCUUUUUUGCAGUUAAGUGGUUUUUUUUAUUUUGACAAUUUGUUGGCAAUCCUGUCAAUAUGGUGUUGGUGGGAACGAUGGAAGUCGGCACUAGUCGCAAUCAUACUGGUGUAUCAGUUGUCUGCUUUUUUUGGAUUAUGAGGAAGACAUGAACGGCGCGCAGCUAAUAGUUGAUUUUAUUUUAAAAGUUGCUUAAUAAAAAUUCACGUUUGAA